GUACUUCAGCUGACAAGCCAGAACAGGAUAGUUGUGGUCUUUACUGUCCCUUAGCAUCGGCAGCAGCAGCAGACUACUUGAUAUCAUCAAAGAUCUAUUCCUCUAGUCAAAAUGCGAUUGUUUGGAAUUUUGGUCUCCAUCGUUUUGAUGUCUGCGGUCAUGCAUUCUCCGGGGGAAUCAUUAGAAACUGUGGAAAGCGUGUUUGUGCCUCCCACAGAAAACUGCACGAAGAACCUUUUGGAGUUGCUUCUGUGGCAACAUGGCAUGCACGUGGCCAGACUUGUAGAAGAGGAACACACCUCAGGGAGCACACUGAAGUUGAUAUACAUCACUCUUUUGGAAAUGAAGGAGCUUAUGAAUGCAAAAGAAAAUCGUUCCCAAACAGAAAACGUCGUUAAUUAUACCGAUAAGAAUUGUGAUUAUCCUUUUGUCCGAGCGGGAUCUAACUGCGUGAUGCUGACUUCACAAAAGAUGUCUUGGGACGAUGCACGCCAUUACUGCGCUUCUGAAGGGAGCGACCUGGCCAUUUUCGAGGACGUCAAUACCUACGCAGAGAUUCUUGCUAUGAUCAGAAGAUAUGAAGGUGAACUUCCAGAUAUAUGGGUCGGUGGCUCAGACGUGGACAGGGAGGGCUCGUGGCGUUGGGUAAACGGAAAAAUAAUACCAUCAGGGCCACCAAUGUGGGGAUCUAGUGAUCAUUUCAGAGCUGAACCAAGCGGAGGUCGCAGGGAAAACUGUGCCAUUCUGUAUAAAAAUGACAAAUAUUACAUGCAUGAUAUCAUUUGUUCACAUCAAGCGGCACCGUUAUGUGGGAAAAACUGAACAUAACUGUGAACUUAUGUACAAAAACUGGUCAAACGUAUACAGUGACAAUUAAACAAAAAAAAUACCAGAAGCUAAAUGUACAUAUAAAAUGAAAAUUGAAAGGAUGUUCAGCUUAAAGAAACUUAAAAUUGCUUGGAGUGGAAUGAAACUAUUGUGUGGCUUUAAUAAGAACAUAUCAUUGGACCCACCAAAUGUCACCAGUUAUAUAUAAGAUUUAAACUCUUUCUAUGUUGGGUUUGAUAUUCAUAACUUUAAUCUAGAAUGUGAGAAUAUAUUGUCAGCAAUAUAUUGUUAGAAGUAUUAAUGUUGAACACAUUCUUAUAACACAUGAUGAUGUAAUGAAUUCCCUGAAAAGAAUUCAGAGUGAGAAAGCCAGUGGACCUGAUAACAUCUCCUGUAAAUUAUUUAAAACAUGUGCAGAGCAACUUGCUGAACCACUGCGGAUUUUUUUUCCAAAUUUCAUUAGACCAGUGUGUUCAUCACAAAGAUAAAUUACAAUUUGCUUAUUCUCAAAAUAGGAGUGUCCAGGAUGCUGUGUUAACUUUAUUUCUUCAAACUUGUGAACAUCUUGUAUCGAAAAAUUCACAAGUAGGAAUUGUUUUUGUAGAUUUCAGUAGUGCAUUUAAUACUAUAGAACCACAUGUUUUGCUUAUUAUUAUUAUUAUUAUUAUUUUUUUUUUUUUUAGAAAUGAAGGUAAACAGUAAUUUAUUCUUGUGGAUAUAUAGCUAUCUUACAGAGAGACUACAAUAUACUAAAGUAAAAAAAAAAUCAAAUCUGAGACUGUAACCACGAAUACAGGAGCUCAUCAGGGUUGUGUGCUCUCUCCGUUGCUUUUUACUAUGUACACGAAUGACUGCAUAAGCAGUACGCCUUGCUCGUCCAUAAUAAAAUAUACCGAUGAUACUGCUAUUGUAGGUAAAAUCAGCAAUGAUAGCUCGGAAGAUUAUCUGACACAAGUAAGGGAUUUUCUCUCCUGGUGCAGUGACAAUUAUCUUAAUCUCAAUGUAAAGAAAACCAAGGAAAUGAUAGUAGAUUUCAAAAUAAAUACUAGACUAUCUGACACAAUUGUUAUAGCUAAUGAAGAAAUUGAAAGAGUCGAGGAAUAUAGCUAUUCAGGUGUAAUAAAUGAUCAAAAGUUAACAGGAUCUGGAAAUUCACAUCAAGUUUAUAACAAAUGUCAACAGCGUAUCGAUUUUCUUAGAAAACUGAGAAAUACUCAUGUAGAUCGGACAAUAUUAUCACUAUUUUAUAAGUCUGUGGUAGAGUCCGUCUUGUGUUUCUCAAUUACAAUAUGGUAUAGAAAGUUAACAUGUAGAGAUAAGAACAAAAUGAAGAAAAUUGUUAAAACUGCUGGUAAACUUCGUGCAAAAACUGUGUCAUUAGAUGAAUUAUAUAACACAUAUGUAAGGAAACAUAUAAAUAAGAUUAUGACUGUUGGAAGUCAUCCGCUGAAUGAAUAUUAUGUCUUCCUUAGAUCAGGCAAAAGGUUGGCUCUCCCAAGGCUACACACAAAUAGGUUUAAAAAUUCUUUUAUUCUGUAUAACUAUUUAGCAUCUUAGCAUAGCUAACUUACUAUACUUUUAAUAUAACACAAUUUACUUUUUAGAAUUAAGUUUUAUAUCUUUUGGAGGGCUCGGAAAUCAUAAAGAAUUUCAUGUUGAAUAUGUAUUCAGUGUGACAAUAAAGCUUAUCUUAUCUUA